UUUUGGUCGAGUGUCAGUCAAGAUUUUCGACACAAACCUUUUUAUUUUGAAACAAUGAGCAUUCCGGUGGUGGACUUCAGCGUGUGCAGCCUUAAAGUGCAGGACAUCUCCCGCGCAGACUUGGAGCCUCUGAGCAGAGACUUAAAGACGGCUUUCACCGAAGUGGGCUUUGUCUUCUUGGACAACACCGGCAUCACCCAGGCGGAGGUGGAGGAUGUCAUGGACGCUUCCAGGAGGUUCUUCCUGCUGCCAGACCACCUGAAGCAGCCAUUGAGCAGGAAAACAUUCCCAAACUCUCCCAACCACGGCUGGGUAUCCCUGGAAACUGAAAGGUUAAACCCACAAAAGCCUGGAGACCUAAAAGAAGCGUUCAACAUGUCCUCGCUGCAUCGUGACAUAAAAUGGCCUUCCCCUGAGGUUGCGGCGGGAUUCCGGGAGACCCAGACGGCCUUUUUCCAUCGCUGCAAAGAGCUGAGUCUGCGGAUUCUGAAGGUGAUGGCCCACAGUCUGGACCUGGACCCCGACGUGUUCCUGAGCGCUCACCGCCUGAUCGGAGACGAUGAGAACUCAACGACGCUGCGUUCGCUGUACUACCCGCCGGUCAACAGAGAACUGGCCAAGGAGGGCCAGCUGAGGUGUGGCGAGCAUUCCGACUACGGGAGCAUCACCUUGUUGUUCCAGGAUUCUGAAGGUCUGCAGGUGCGCCAACGCUCAGGUGAGUACACCUGUGCUCCUUGUGUGCCCGGGGCGGUUCUCGUUAACAUCGCCGACCUCAUGCAGCGCUGGACCAGUGACCGCUUUGUCUCUGUGCUCCACAAGGUCUUGCUGCCCCCUGCUGGCGACUGCAGUACACGACAGUCUCUGGCUUUCUUCGUGCAGCCGGACGACGAGGCCGUCAUCACCUGCAUCGACGGAUCCAACAGGUACCCCCCAGUCAAGGGGGGCGCUUACCUCACCGAGCGGUUUGGCGACUCCUAUGGCCAGGCUUGACACACUGCUCCGGGUAUUAGCAUUAGCAUAUUUGUAAACUUUUUAGACAAAUCGAGGCAAUCGAAAGCUUUUUGCGCACAUCUAAAUACUUGGACAAGAGCGGGUCCAAAACUGUGUAGGGGUAGCGGGGGGUGUAUCUUGUAGCGUCCCGGGAGAGUUAGUACUGCAAGGGAUUCUGGGUAUUUGUUCUGUUGUGUUUAUGUUGUGUUAAGUUGCGGAUGUUCUCCCGUAAUGUGUUUGUCAUUCUUGUUUGGUGUGGGUUCACAGUGUGGCGCAUAUUUGUAACAGUGUUAAACUUGUUUAUACGGCCACCUUCAGUGUGACCUGUAUGGCUGUUGACCAAGUAUGCAUUGCAUGAGACUCGGACGGCACGCACGCAAAGGAAAUGCCAUUAAGGUUAAUUGGCACUCUGCACCUCUCCCUACGUGCGUAUACACAGCGGCGUAUUAAAACGUCAUACAUUUUACUUUUAGAAACCAAUUCCGAUAAUUUCCGAUAUUACAUUUUAAAGCAUUUAUCUGCCGAUAAUAUCUGCAGCCCGAUACUAUCGGACAGCCCUAGUUAGUAUACUAGCUUUUAUUAAGCUAAUUUUGUAGGCAUGCACCUUUAGUAAUAUUUUCUUACGUGAUGCAUGCUAACGUUAGAAGGCUAGCAUUUGAAACGUUUUGUUUUUUUUAAACAAGGGCGUUCAAGAUACGGCCAUUUUUGGCCCGUACUUUGUUUUUUAUUGGCCUGCGACACAUUCUGAAGACAAAAAAAAACCUCAUCCCGGAUUAGAACAUUGUUUGUCUCCCUGUGAUGAGGUGGCGACUUGUCCAUGGUGUACCCCGCCUUCCGCCCAAAUGCAGCUGAGAUAGGCUCCAGCACUCCCCGUGACCCCAAAAGGGACAAGCGGUAGAAAAUGAAUGGAUGGAUGGAUGCGCGUGAAUGCUGAAAUGUGCAAGCCGUACUUAAAUGCUAGCGUUGGCAUGAUAACAAUGCAUCAAGUACCAAGUCAUGACUGUGAAGCAUACGCAUCUAAAAUGAGCUUAAAACAUUAGCAUAUCACUAUUAUACAUUUAUAAAGGACCUUAAAUAAAAAAUAAAAUAUGAUGAUAAUACAUAAUUCAGGGAUAAUUAGAAUUAUGUAAGACUUUUAAAAAAAUUCCUUUGGUACAAUUUAAUAUUUAUUAAAACAUAUAUAAGUAUUUUUUUUUUUUUAUAAAGGAUCUCAAAUAAAAAUAAAAUAUAAUCCAUCCAUCCAUCCAUUUUCUUUAUAUAAUUCAGGAAUGAUUAGAAUAAUGUACGACUUAAAAAAAUUAAAUUUAUUUUGUAAAAUAUAAUACAUGUUUUCCCUCGUGGCCUCAAAUAAUAAAUUAAAAUAAACUACAAAUACCACAAAACGUAAUAAAACUUUACAAUAAAAUAGGUAUAUUUAAUAAAUACAUGUUCCUCCUAAUGUCAUCAGUGAGGAUUGGACUAUUGACUCAUUUGACCAAAUCCUGAUGUGUUUUUAUAUUUUGCCAUAAAUACUGAAUGAAUCUGUCAGAAAUACAAUAUUAGUUUCAGAUGUAAUGACCAACAUCCACCACUAGAUGGGACUAGAAACCCUUUUCAAAACAGAUGUACUUGCUUUUACUCUGAAAGUCCUGGCAAUAAACAAUUUAAAAUGCAAUAAAUAUAUGUUUGUGAGCUGAGUGGUGUGAAAUACAAUACAAUAUUAGUUUCAGAUGUAAUGACCAACAUCCACCACUAGAUGGGACUAGAAACCCUUUUCAAAACAGAUGUACUUGCUUUUACUCUGAAAGUCCUGGCAAUAAACAAUUUAAAAUGCAAUAAAUAUAUGUUUGUGAGCUGAGUGGUGUGAAUGUGAUUAUGGUGAUAUUUUGUGUAUAUGCUUAUUUUAUUGAUGUAAAAUCAUCAUCAAACUAAUCCUCAUUAAAAGCACUUCUUGAUGGCGAUAUAAAGAGGACCUACUGCGGGAGUUACCAUGACAGCAACAUUAAAAAAAAUUAUGUAAGUUGAAAAAAACAUAAUGUGUUGAAAGUAUCAAAAUGAAGAAAUGUAACAACGUUCCUAGAGAGUUUUUUGUUGUUGUAAGCCUGCAAUAUGACGCAGAUGGAUAUUAAAAUAUGAAAUAUUAUACAG